GGGCGCGACGGUGCGCAACGAGGGCGAGGCAGUGGUGAUCGGGCGCGUGGUGCGCGGAGGCGCCGCCGACAAGUCGGGGCUGCUGCGCGAGGGCGACGAGGUGCUGGAGGUGAACGGCGUGGAGAUGCGCGGCAAGAGCGUCAACGACGUGUGCGACCUGCUGGCCGGCAUGACCGGCACGCUCACCUUCCUGGUGGUGCCCGGCGCCGCCGGCGCGCCCGCCGCGCCCCGGCCGCCCGGACACCGCGACACGCUGCUGCACAUGAAGGCCCACUUCGACUACGACCCCGAGGAGGACCUGUACAUCCCGUGCCGCGAGCUGGGCAUCUCGUUCCAGAAGGGCGACAUCCUGCACAUCAUCAGCCAGGAGGACCCCAACUGGUGGCAGGCGUACCGCGAGGGCGAGGAGGACCAGACGCUGGCCGGCCUCGUGCCGUCGCGCUCCUUCCAGCACCAGCGUGAAUCAAUGAAACAGACAAUAGCAGGAGAUCGGAUGACAAAGGAGAAGUCGAAGAAAGCUGGAACAUUGCUUUGUGCAAAGAAGAAUGCAAAGAAAAAGAAGAAGAAAAUGCCAUAUAAUGAUGGAGGUUAUCCCUUCUACGCAACUAGUACUAUUGAUGUGAAACCAGAGGAAGAAAUCAGAGAUGAAGUAUUUAUAUCUGAUUAUGAUGCAGAUGAGAUUCUCACCUAUGAGGAAGUAGCAUUGUACUACCCUCGGGCCAACCAGAAGCGCCCCAUCGUACUCAUUGGACCUCCUAAUAUCGGUCGUCAUGAGCUGAGGCAGCGGUUAAUGGAAGAUGCAGACCGAUUUGCUGCAGCCAUCCCACGUAAGCCUCGUUUGCUGUUGUUGUUGUUUUAA